UUACACUGCAAUAGUUUUGCUAAAUGCCAUACCUGAUUCCUAUAAUGAUGUUAAGUCAGCCAUUAAGUAUGGGAGGGAUGAUAUUACCCUAGAUAUUGUUAUUAAUGGUCUGAGAAGUAAAGAAUUGGACUUAAAACAUUCUAGAAGUCAUCAUAGGGAAUCUGGGGAAGCUCUGCUUGUUAGAGGAAGGUCUAAAAGCAGGUCUAGGCAUCCUAAGAAGGAUAAUCAUGACAAAGGAAAUAAGCAAACUGGAAAGAAGAGGUUUAAGUCUAGAAAAAGGGUUUGUUACAACUGUGGUAACCCAGGACAUUACAUAAAAGACUGUACCCAACCUAAAAAGAAUGACCAGGCUAAUGUUGUGACCAAUAAGGAUGUAGAAGAUGAUGUCUUUAUGGUCUGUGAUGAAGCCAAUUCUGUGCUUAGUAGUUUGACUGAAACUGAAUGGUUAAUAGACUCAGGUUGUACCUACCAUAUGACUCCUUUUAGAAAUCUGUUUUCAUCCUAUAGCUUAUGUGACACUGGUUUUGUUUCCUUAGCUGAUAGUAAAAGGUGUAAGGUCCUUGGUAUUGGUAACAUCUGUCUAAAAUUUGAAAAUGGAACUGUCUUUCAAAUAAAAAAUGUUAGACAUGUACCUGAUUUAAGACACAACCUGUUUUCAGUAUCUGCUUUUGAAGAAGGUGGUCUUGAGGGUAAAUGGGGAAAUGGGUGUAUGAAAAUCUUAAAAAACUCCCUUGUUUUGUUCAAAGCUUUGAAACAGAACAAUCUGUAUGUUGUCCAUGCUAAACCUUUUUCUGAAAAUGCUAAUGCUGUACUUAAUGACAAGUCUGUGCUUUGGCACCAACGACUUGGUCAUAUGAGUAAUAAAGGAUUAAACAUUUUGCAUAAAAAUGGGUGUUUUGGAACUGACUUGGUGUCACCUAUACCAUUCUGUGAAGGUUGUGUUCUAGGUAAACAACAUAGGGUUCAAUUUCCUGUCUCUAGCUAUCCUAGUGAACCUAAGUCCAAAACUGUCCUUGACUACAUACAUGCUGAUGUGUGGGGUCCUUCCAGUGUCCCUACCCAUGGGGGUAGGAGGUAUUUCUUGUCUAUAAUUGAUGACUUUUCUAGAAAAGUCUGGGUUUGUUUGUUAGAACAUAAAUCUGAUGUGUACAUUAAGUUUAAAGAAUGGAAAAUUAUGAUAGAAAACCAAACUGGAUGUAAGGUUAAAACCCUUAGAACUGACAAUGGCUUAGAAUUUUGCAAUAAUGACAUGGAUAAGUUGUGUAUUGAAAAUGGGAUUAGGAGACACAAAACUGUGCCCUAUACUCCCCAGCAAAAUGGUUUGGCUGAGAGAAUGAAUAGGACCCUCCUUGAUAAGGUUAGAAGUAUGCUUGCUACUUCUGGUCUCCCCAAGAAGUUUUGGGGAGAAGCUGUGAACACUGCUGUCUAUUUAAUCAAUAGAUCCCCUUCUGUGCCUUUAGGGGGUAAAACCCCUGAAUCUGUUUUCUCUAGAAAGCCC